CUUUCUUCAGUUGCCGCAAAGGUGCUCGGUCCUUCCGAGGAAGCUAAGGCCGAGUUGGGGUGAGGCCCUCACUUCAUCCGGCGACUAGCACCGCGUCCGGCAGCCUUCCGCCUAGUACCAGAGUACCAUGGCCUCUGUCUCUGAGCUCGCCUGCAUCUACUCGGCCCUCAUCCUGCACGACGAUGAGGUGACAGUCACGGCCCUGUCAAAUGUCAACAUUGGGAGCCUCAUCUGCAAUGUGGGUGCUGGUGGACCUGCCCCAGCGGCCGGGGCUGCACCAGCUGGAGGACCUGCUCCCACGACUGCUGCUGCUCCAGUUGAGGAGAAGAAAGUGGAAGCAAAGAAAGAAGAAUCUGAAGAGUCUGAUGAUGACAUGGGAUUUGGUCUUUUUGACUAAACUCCUUUUGUAACAUGUUCAAUAAAAAAUCCUGAACU